GCACCUUACUCUUCACCCUGUCCAACCCCCACUCUAUUCCCAGCACCCCACGACACCCUGGACAGGAGAGACUUGAGAGGACCUUGUAAAGUCCUUCUGAGGUGGGGUGUUGUUGCUGGGGUUUGUUCCUCAGCCUCAGAGAGACUAGCAGGGGUGACCUGCUUUCUUGGCUUCCUGCCUGGCUUCCUGCCUGCUGUGUCAGGACAGUGUAGUGUAGCUGGUGGGCUGGGUGCUCCUCUGUCAGGGUGGGUGCGGGCCCCUGGGUCUGGGUCGACGUCGUGGCGUCUUCUCCUGAGAGUGGGAUCCUCAGUGUGUCCAGAAUGAACCGUCCGGCUCCCCCCGUCGAGGUCUCCUACAAGAACAUGAGGUUCCUCAUCACACACAACCCCACCAACGCCACCCUCGACACCUUCAUCGAGGACCUGAAGCAGUAUGGUGCAACAACAGUGGUGCGGGUGUGUGAGGUCACCUACGACAAGACUCCUCUGGAGAAGGAUGGCAUCACAGUCAUGGACUGGGCCUUUGACGACGGUGCCCCUCCUCCCACUAAGAUCGUAGAUGAUUGGCUGAACCUGCUGAAGACUAGGUUCCGUGAGGACCCUGGCUGCUGCGUGGCGGUGCACUGUGUUGCCGGGCUGGGACGGGCUCCUGUGCUGGUGGCUCUGGCUCUGAUCGAGGGCGGGAUGAAGUAUGAGGAGGCAGUUCAGUUCAUCAGGCAGUAUGUACACCUCACCUCUAGAUUCAGUUCAUCAGGCA